GAGACACCUCCCACCGCCGAUACUGACGUUUGUGGCUGGGAUCAAAUUACAGAUACAAUUGCCCAGCAUGGCUGAUACCGAUUCAUUUCUCCAUCUUUCGCGGCCUCUGGGACCGGCUCUGGUUGGCGCUCAAGCCUCCACCGCCCCUCUUAAUGUUGUGAUACAACCACAAGCGAUUUUUUCAAUCCUCGAUCAUUCCCUUCGUCGUAAUGCUGACCAGGAGCGGGUCAUUGGUACUCUACUGGGGACCCGAUCCGAGGAUGGCACUGAAGUUGAGAUCCGCUCCUGUUUCGCCGUCGGGCACACGGAAACAACCGAUCAGGUCGAGGUUGAUAUGGAAUACCAGAAGCAAAUGCUUGCACUACACUUGAAAGCUAACCCAAAGGAAGUUCUUGUGGGUUGGUACGCGACAUCCUCAGAACUGAACACGUUCUCUGCGCUCAUCCAGAAUUUUUACGGCGGUUCAGGAGAUGGAACAUGGCCUCACCCAGCUGUACAUUUAACCGUGUCUACGGCUCCAGGGAAGGAUAUUGAGACUAGGACAUACAUCUCAGCGCCAGUGGGUGUGACAGCGGAAAGAGCCGCUGACAGCGCCGCAUUCAUACCUGUGCCUUAUGAAAUUAGAUAUGGCGAUGCUGAGAAGAAUGGCUUGGAGGCGAUCGCUGCCGCAAGAGAUAGCGAAAAUAGGACAGCUAAUCUGUUCACGGAUAUUGAGGCGCUAGAAAAAGCCAUCGAGGAUGUUUUGGGCAUGAUCGAUCGAGUAUCGAAAUACGUCGAGUCUGUGAUGGAUGAAGAAGCCCCCGCUUCCACGGCGCUUGGACAAUUCCUUCUUAAUGCUCUCGCUUUGGCUCCAAAAGUUAACCCUGCUGAUAUUGAAAAUGACUUUAAUAACCACAUCCAAGAUGUCCUUGUGGUUUCGUAUCUUGCCAACACCAUUCGCACACAAAUGGAACUUUCCAACCGAUUAGCCACUGCACAACUCACCCUUGGUGGCGAGAGUACGGGAGCCGCCGCCGCAGGCGGCGCAGCUGGAGAAACAGGAGGACAGCGAAGCGGUCGUGGUGGUGGCCGGGGACGGGGUGGCCAGCAACGAAAUCAAGAACGCGUUGCAAUCGAAGCAUAGCGGAAAACUUAAUACAUGCAAUUGUAUGAAAUUGCGACGAAAAAAAUACUUACUUGCGUCUAAUGGUUCAUCCUUCAAGAGUAUAUUCUUACUUCUAUCUCCCUCGGGAUGUAGUCAGCGGAUAUGGCUUGCCCCCCGAUUUUACCACAGUCGCAGGGUUGCUCGGGUUGGGGCAAAUGCAAGGCGUCAUUGGAGUCGUUUUAUUGGAAUCUAUUUCAUCUUUCGUGCUCAUCUUCUUUUGUUCAUGUAGUUCGCCUUUUACGGCCACCUUUACCAGUUUAUUCUCAAAAGAAGAUAAAAGGGCAUUGUUAUCUUAGUAAGCGACAAUGAACCGAUGGAUAGCUCGUCAAUGGUGGAAUAGGAAAGAUGGGAUACCAAUGACGCGUAUAGAAUUUUAAAUUAGACUUAACUUCAUCACUUC